AUCCCUGCGCAGACACCCCCGUUCCUCUCGCACUCGGCGCUCCGCCCUCCAGGAAAGUAGAUCCGGCCAGGCAGACAAAAGUUUGGGAGAGAAGUUGGGUCGGUGCUGAGUGUGAGUGCGAGGGGGGCGGGGGCCGGCGAGAGUGGGUCUGCCCAGCGAGUCGACGCGUGAACAGAUAGACCUGCGGACGGGACAGUCGCGGCCGCAGGAGCUUCUAGCCCCGCUUAACCCCUGAUGCGCGGGGGGCCGCAGCUUCUCUCGCUGGGGGAUGCUGCGAGAUUCUUGGCGCCGGGCAUCCGGGCCGCCCGCUAAACCCGUGUGCCUACUCUGUGCCCCUGGCGAACCGGAGUCCGGCCGCAGGGAAAGAGAAGCGGCCACUGAGACGCUGCAGGGUGCCGGGCGGGGAGGGGGCUGGAGGCCCCAGGCCCGAGGGCAUGGAGCGAUUAGGAGAGAAAGCCAGUCGCCUGCUGGAGAAGUUAAGGCUCUCGGACUCCGGCAGCGCCAAGUUCGGCCGCAGAAAGGGUGAAUCUAGCCGGUCUGGGUCUGAUGGGACCCCUGGGCCGGGCAAGGGGCGACUGAGUGGGCUGGGGGGACCUAGGAAAUCUGGGCCCCGUGGAGCUACUGGAGGACCUGGGGAUGAGCCGUUGGAGCCAACCCGGGAGCAAGGCCCCCUGGACGCAGAGCGGAACCCGCGCGGCUCCUUUGAGGCGCAGCGCUACGAAGGCUCCUUCCCCGGGGGGCCGCCUCCCAACCGGGCCUUGCCUCUACCUCAGUCAUUGCCCCCCGACUUUCGGCUGGAGACUACGGCCCCAGCCCUAAGCCCUCGCUCCAGUUUCGCCAGUAGCUCAGCCAGCGACGCGAGCAAGCCGUCCAGCCCCCGGUGCAGCCUGCUGCUGGACGGGGCGGGGGCUGGCGGAGCCGGAGGUAGCCGACCCUGCAGCAAUCGUACCAGCGGCAUCAGCAUGGGCUACGACCAGCGCCACGGCAGUCCCUUGCCCGCCGGGCCAUGCCUGUUUGGCCCACCCCUGCCCGGGGCUCCGGCGGGCUAUUCCCCUGGAGGGGUGCCGUCCGCCUACCCGGAGCUCCACGCUGCCCUGGACCGACUGUGCGCUCAUCGGCCCGCGGGGUUCGGCUGCCAGGAAAGCCGCCACUCGUAUCCCCCGGCCCUAGGCAGCCCCGGAGCUCUAGCCGGGGCCGGAAUGGGAGCCGCAGGGCCCUUGGAGAGACGAGGGGCGCAACCCGGACGACACUCAGUGACCGGCUACGGGGACUGCGCCGCGGGCGCCCGAUACCAGGAUGAGCUAACAGCGUUGCUGCGCCUGACGGUGGGCACGGGUGGACGAGAAGCCGGCGCCCGCGGGGAACCGUCGGGGAUUGAGCCGUCGGGUCUGGAGGAGCUGCCGGGUCCGUUCGUUCCAGAGGUCGCCCGGGCCCGAAUGCGGGAGCCGGAGGCCAGAGAGGACUACUUCGGCACCUGUAUCAAGUGCAACAAAGGCAUCUAUGGGCAGAGCAACGCCUGCCAGGCCCUGGACAGCCUCUACCACACUCAGUGCUUUGUCUGCUGCUCCUGUGGGCGAACUUUGCGCUGCAAGGCUUUCUACAGCGUCAAUGGCUCUGUGUACUGUGAGGAAGAUUAUCUGUUUUCAGGGUUUCAGGAGGCAGCUGAGAAAUGCUGUGUCUGUGGUCACUUGAUUUUGGAGAAGAUCCUACAGGCAAUGGGGAAGUCCUAUCACCCGGGCUGCUUCCGAUGUAUUGUUUGCAACAAGUGCCUGGACGGCAUCCCCUUCACAGUGGACUUCUCCAACCAGGUGUACUGUGUCACAGACUACCACAAAAAUUAUGCUCCUAAGUGUGCGGCCUGUGGCCAACCCAUCCUCCCCUCAGAGGGCUGUGAGGACAUUGUGAGAGUGAUAUCCAUGGACCGAGAUUAUCACUUUGAGUGCUACCACUGUGAGGACUGCCGGAUGCAGCUGAGUGAUGAGGAAGGCUGCUGCUGCUUCCCUUUGGACGGGCACUUGCUCUGCCAUGGCUGUCACAUGCAGCGGCUCAAUGCCCGACAGCCCCCUGCCAACUAUAUCUGAACUGCAGUCAGCACUGCUGCCAUCACCACCAUCGACAAAUUCCUCUGGCCAGUGGGCCCCUCUGAGGCCAGCAGAGGCAAGGAAUGCACUCUGCAGGCCUGGCAGAAGAGUCCUCUGGGGAGGGCCCCAGGGGCCAGAGACCCAAAGAUCGUGACAUUCCAAAUGGAUUGUGGAGGAGGAAGCUUCCAGUUGCCACAGUGGGAGUGACUGGCCUUCUUUCCGUGUGUGCAGCCUGUGCUGUAGCAUAUACUCAGGCACACACAGGCGAGUUCCAAUACUUUCUAAAGGUCUGAUUCUAUGUGUUCAUGAGUUUUUUCUUGGCCACUUUCUCUCUAAACUGUAUUGCCAGUUUCUCAGGGACUCACGUGGGCCUGGGGAGGCUAGGUGGGUGCCUUACUUGGUUCCUCUUCUCCUCAGCUGGGGGAGGUAAUGAGUGGGUUUCUGGCUGUGGAGUUGCUGGGUGAGACAUCUAGGAAGCUUCAGGCUAGCCACACUCCCUGCACACUCCCAGGUUUAAGUGCACUGAGCCCUCCAGCCCAGUAUAUGCACACAGGGGCACAUUGACACACACACACUCAUACUGUCACACCCUUCUCAGGGCACACUUACACUGGGUUCCCAGCAAUAGUGCACCACUCUAGACCUGCCACCUCUCAGAGGGAUCCAGGAUUACAUCCACUGCCUCCCAAACCCUGAGGCUCUGCGAAGCCAGUUGGGCAGACACUUUGACUUGGCUCUAGUCAGUUGUUUGGCUGACAUUGCUUCACCUAAAACUAGAUCUCUUAAAACCAAUUUAUCAAAUUUGCAGCACUUUGUAAAUGAUAAUAUCACUUCCUACGUUCAUGGAUAUCUUUUUCUAUGUUAUCUACUUUUCAGACACUUUUUUAAAAAGUUUAAAGUUUCUAGCAAUAAAUAUAAUUGGUACAGACA